AUGGCUGGCGCCGUUCUUGUGGGCCUGGUGCUGUCGCUCCAGUCGAUUGCUGGCAAUGCUCUCGGCGCACCGCUGACAGAAUGGCAACAGCGGGUCUUUAACGAGGUGGCAAAGAGUGCAGCUGUGCAGUCGAAGGCUGCAGAGCCUGAGCUCUUGGCCCUUUUCGAUUCCGAAGAAUUUCGUGCGAACCUUUCCACUUGCUGCCCAUCCUUUGCACAAUUGUCGGCCAAAGAGCUCAUGGACAGACUCUCCGAGCAGUUUCAGGUGGCUGAAGUAGCAUCUGGCUUCCCAGCAUUUCAAGAUCCCGCCCAGCUGUUUCCGGAUUCUGCGGGAAUGUCUAUCGACUUCGGCAUUAACGGUACAUUCUUCCUGAGUGACUGGCAGGCGAUCUUGAUGCACUCCACCGUGGAUCCGGAGAAAGUGUGGCAUGGUCUUGUGGCUACGUACCAGGCAUUCCAUGUCGACUCCUCAAGGGGAACAGUGACUAUGGAGCAGUGGCUCGGUGGAUGCUCUGGCAACAAAAGUGAGCCUGUCGAGCUGCUGCUGUCAACGUGCUAUGUUCAGCCUCAUUCCUUCAAAGGUCAGGACAGGAUUGUGCGCUACGACUACGAGCAGGGCAAAGGUCAGGUCAAUUCUUCCUUCUGGCUGGCUGAGAAAGUCGUCGGUGGCUUGAGCAGCCCAUCUGUGGAACUCAACCAAGGGAUACAGAAAGUGGACUGCCCGAAACGCCCAGCGUUCGCCAUUUCGGUCUAUGUGGCAGAUGGCCAGUGUCACGCACACGCCGUCCAGAACAAUACCCAGGAAUUCGGCUACCAAGAUCAUGCAGAGACCUACGAGUAUGGCUUGAAGCCAUUUCAGUCUCGCGGGGCACCAUCGACCCUUGCUGAAGCUGCCGAGCGUCCGGUCUAUUCCUUGGUCAACUUGAACAUGAUUGACAUGGGAAGUCCAAUUUAUGGUGACGUUUCUGCCAUUUUCUCAAACAAGUAUAUCGCUGACAGCACACUGCUAUCUCCCAUCGACAGCGGUAUGUAUGAGAUGGACUGCAUUGACAAGGAAGACUUUGAUUGGACGCCGCCACACAACUGCAGUGCUGUUACAGCCUUCAAGCAUCUGGCCACCCUCCAGCACAACAAGCACCUUUGGUUGAUCAACAAGGGCUUCUGGAAUCGUCUUGGUCUCCUACACACCGCUUUGACAAGGAUGGAGACUCCCUGGGGGCGUCAUGCCGUGCCAGCCGGCUCUUUCCUGAACUACUUCGAGGGCGCACUCCUAGGCCAACUACAGUUCCCGGCAGCAAUUCGCUUCCUCAUUGGCUGUUUUCCAGCGCUCUUCGGCACUGAUUUGGGAGCCAAGCUGCAAACUUGGGCGAGGAGCCGCGGAUGGGUCUUGAUUUGGGCACUUGGCCCGAAUGACAAGGCCAUUGUGGGAGAAACUUCAGACUUCAAUUUCGACUUGAUGGCGGGAACCUUGUCUUUCGAACUCAACAAGCGCUUGAUUGAUCCACUGGUCUUGUCUGGGACGACGGCUGCUGCAAGCUUACCCCUGGGCUCCAAUGCAACAGACAAGUUCAAUCAGAUGUGGGUGGAGGUUGCCCACCUGCGGAACACAACGAACGUGACCAAUGCGACCAUGGCGCAGAAAAUCCAAGAAAUUGGCACGCUUCUUCCACAGCUUCCUAUUCGUCCGCUAAUGGCUGGGGACUGCGGCGAGCAGCUGAAGAAUGCCGAGUGCGUCGGCAUGACAAUGAAGGGUCGUCAGCAAAGCAGAGAUUUUCAUCUGAGUUCGGUCGGCGGUGUCACUGAAGUGAGCCUCGAGCUGAAGAAACUGCGCGGCAACUUGCAGGACUUUGCGUCAGCUGCCCAGCAGCGCAUUGCAGAAGAGGUCUCGCACCUCACUAGCGAGAUGAUGGCUAUCCGCGAUGGCAUUUCGAGCGAGUUGCAGGUGCUUCGCGAAACACAAGCAUCAGACACCACGAAGCUGCGAGACUUUGUGGAUGCGAGCAGCUGGAAGCUGCGCGAUCAGCAAACGGCAGAGACGGGAAAGCUGAAGGAAGGUUUCCAAAGUGAAAUGAAGUCUCUAAGAGAUGAGCUCUCUCGAGCAGCAUCCUUUCGCUCGGAGUUCUCCACAAUUCGCUCGGCCUGGGACUGCAGUCUUGGAACACUGCGCUCCGAGCUGAGCGCUCUUCGAAAAGACCUCGACAGUUUCAAGUCCGAGAGCAACAGCAUGGAUGGCGCUUUGCGUUCCGAUCUGGACACGCACCGAAGUGAGUUCAGCACUUUGCGCUCUGAGUUGAAUCCAGUGCGCUCGGACAUCACAUCUUUGCGGAGUGAGUUGGACUCUUGCCGUGCCGAUAUCACUACCACGCGAACAGAGCUGGGUUCGCAGGGGACGGACUUGAAGACACUCCGGACAGACCUCGGGUCGCUCCGCACGGACCUUGGGUCGCUCCGCACGGACUUCAGCUCCCAACGAACAGACCUCGGGAACGGGCUGAACGGCCUGCGUGGGGACCUGAAUUCCUUCAGAUCCGAUGUGGCCUCAUGGCGCUCGGACAUGGAAAGCCAUGUCCAGGACAUUGCAGUUCUGAAAGUGGAGACGGAGUCGAGCCGCAGCUUGCUGAAGUCCGUCCAGUCCAGCUCAGAGCAACAUGCCACUGACUUGAACUCGCUGCGAUCGGAGAUUGACCUCGCACGCUCGAGCAUUGCGGCCCAUAGGUCUGAGCAGGAGUCCCAGCAGUCAGAGGUGAAAUCGUUUCGAUCGGAGCUCACCCUUGACAUUAGCAAGGUUAGGAAGGACCACGCCGACCUGCGUAGUGAGCUGCACAAAGAUGUGGCAGAGCUGCGGAAGGAGGCUAUGCAAGGACUCUCCGAGAAACAGGAUGCCAUUGACGACUUUGUCAAGGACGUAUCCGGCCUCCGUGGUCAUUUCAGCGACUUGAGAAAGGAGCUUUCCUCUACACAGGGGCAGCUGAACGACGUGCGCAAGGAGCUUUCGUCCUCACAGGGGCAGCUGAGUGAAGUGCGGAAGGAGGUGUCGUCUACCCAGGGGCAGCUCGCUGACACGCGCAAGGACGUUUCGGCCACGCAGGCACAAGUCAAUGACCUGAAGAAGGACGGAGCUUCCUCCAGAAAUCAGACCGCUGACAUCCUCAAGGAGUUGCGCUUGCUGCAGAGUCAGCAGAGUGAAUUCGCGAAGGCGCAGGAUCUAGCCACUACUCAGGGCAUGGUGAAGGACUUGCGGCAGGACUUGAGUGCAACCCAGGGGCACAUCACCAGCCUGCAGAAGGAGGCCGUGUCCAUAAAGAGCGACCUCGUGUCCACCAAGGGCGACUUCACCAAUGUGUCCAAGGAGACUCUGUCCAACAAGAACGACCUCGUGUCCUUGAAGAACAACUUCAACGACAUCUCAAAGGAUGUGAAGGAGUUGCAGAGCGCAGACAGAGGCUUGCAGGAGGCCCACUCUGCAGAAGCUUCGGAGACAAGAGCCAACCUGAACAAGUUGCAGCAGGAGCUCGUGGAGUCACAGAGGCAGCUGCACACCUUGGAGAAGGAGAUGACAACCACGACGCAGCUCGCGAGCUCGCUCCAGCAGGAGUCGCGAAGGUCUUCUGAGGAGUUGGCGGCUAUUCAGUCCUUGACGACUGAUUUGAAGAGCUCUGUGCAUGAUUUGCAGAACUCGGCGAAUCAUUCGCGACAGGGCAUUGAUGCCACAAACAGCUCAAUAGACGAUCUCCGCAAGGAGCUGCCAGAGUUUCACGGUGCUCUGAAUCAUUUCAGACAGGAAGUUGCCGAGAAGGGAAGCCAGUCGGACAUCUUGCAUCAGGCCUUACAAGCAGAGCUGGAGCAACUCCGCAGUCAGGCAGCUGAGGUGAGAAAGGAUCUUACCACUUUCUUCCAGAUGGAGCUAGCCGGCGUCCGGAAGGACUUGGGCCAGCAAGGAGAAGAUCUGCAAGGCGCUUUGGUUUCCAUGCAGGUGAGAAUAAAAGAGGAUGCCGCUGCUGAAAUCAGGAAGCUGCAGAGUGAUGCCAGUGCUGCGCAUCGUGAGGUUACCAGCAUGGUCCAGCAGACGGCGCAAAAGCUCAAGGACGAGGCUGGGCAGAUAUCCUCAGCGCUACAGGCAGCACAAGAGGACGCCGCUGACCUCCGAAGCGAGGUGCACGAGGCCUGCAGUGCCAUCGAAGACCAGCGCCGCGAGGUCGAUGCACAUCUCUCCAUGCGAAUCACUGAGGUGCAGGAGCAGCUCGAGAGGGACUUCAAGGUUGCAGACGCCAACUUGCAUGCAGAAGUGGCGACGGCUGCUGCAAGUGAUCGAUACAACGUUGGCGUGGAAAUGGAGCGGCUGCGGGCCGAUCUGGUCCAGGUGGACUCGCUAAGAGCGACGAUUGCCCAAGUACAGGAGCUGACGAGCCGAGCCGGCUCCCACGAGGUUGUCGCAACAUUGAGAAUCGACCAUGCCUUCCUCCACAACUUCAUGCCAGCUGACUACGAAUUCCCCCUAGUGGCCAGCAGGUGCAUGGUCCGUCUGAAGCCCAACCGCAAGGCGUGA